UCGGUGGUGAAAUGAAAAUAUGAAGAAAACACCUCGGUUUAAAGUUUUCACUUUUCAUAUUUUUCAUACGAGCGAUUCCAUCAUGCUAGAUGACAAGUGAACGAUGAUCUGAAAUUCUGAAUACGGGUUACCCGUUUGCCUUGUGUUUUACGAAAUGUUGGAUUGUUUGCCUUUUAAAAUAUUGCAUUUCAUCCGUUAAAGAUGAAUUCUGACGACAUAACUGUGAUUGAGUCGGGAUCCGUAGCUGAUCUGAAUCGGAUCCUGCAGGAAUUUAAUGCCCGGCAUACGUCAACAUUUACUUUUUCUGGAUUUGACGCCAUCGGGAAGAAGCGUUUGGGCGAAAUCUUAGCACGGAAACUAUCCGCUGCGGAGUUUGCGGACGCCCACUCCAGCUCGCUGGAGUUUUUGCGUCUCGUAGCGCGGGAUAAAACUGAUCUGGAGAAUCUUAUCAAUGAUGAUCUACUGCACAUUUUGGCCGUUCGCGCCCGUCUGACGAAGGAAUUACAAGGAACACUUCCGGCUGAACACGAAAUCGGCGUGACGACAGAAGCCCAGAAGGUCCUAUGCAAUCUGGUGUUCCACAGUGCGUCGGGGCAGCGUUAUUUCAGCCGCGAAGAGAUUGUGGAUGUGCUCAUGUCUCGGAUAAGCUCCAAUAAGGAAGCUGCGCGAUGGCCUUUAGAGAACCAGCUGUUGGACAUGAAACUGCUAUUUAUCAUCAGCAUCCUGUGCGCGGAUACGCGGGUGCAUUUGCGUAAUGAUCUGCGUGCCGUGCAGGAUCUGUGCGUCACCGUUACCAUGCUGGCCAGCAGUAGUGCAUCCGGCGCGGCAGCCGAGGGAUCGCUUGUCAAUAGCGUCCUCUGUGAGAUCCUCAAAGUGCUCUUCAAUCUCGUCUGCAAUAUGAGUCCCACCAAUUUGACACUGGGUGAAGAACUGGACUUUGUCACACUGGGCAACACCUGUCGCGAACUGUUGAUCUCUACCACGUCUCCCGAUGUGAAAAAGCACGUGAUCAAUCUCCUCACCGUCGUCAAGAAAUUCGGCUACAACCAGCUGGUUAUUCCGCUCGACGAUGGCAGUCCCGGCGCGGUCCCCUAUGAAAAUUUUGAUCUGCAGGCGGUCAGUGUUAUUCUGAAGUAUCUCGAUGAAAAAUUGUCCGGUGUGACGGUGGGCAACGGAAGUGGCCGUUCGGUGGAUGACAGUCUGGCGCCGGUGUUGUGCGCGUUAACGGAAGCCGCCAAGACCGUCCCGAUCAUCCGCAAAUAUCUCAAAACCCAGAUUCUGCCCCCGCUGCGCGAUGUCCACAACCGACCGGAAGUGGGCAGUUCGUUGCGGAAUAAAAUCUGCCGAUUAUUGACCGUCCCGUUGGUCAGUGUGCGGGAUAGUGCCGGGGAUUUUCUGUAUAUUUUAUGCAAAAAUAAUGUGAACCGUCUGAUCAAGUAUACGGGUUAUGGGAACGCCGCGGGAUGGCUGGCGGAUCGCGGCAUGAUGGGCCUACCGCGGGCGCAUGAGGAGCAGAUGGAGGACACGGAGGACAGUGAGACGGAGGAAUACGAGCAGCACAAACACACUAUUGAUCCCAUCACCGGCGCAGUGAAAGUGGAGGGUCCUAAUCCCAUGGAGGGCAUGUCAGAGGAACAAAAGGAGUAUUAUGCGCACGAACUGGCGCUCGCCCUCGAUAAAUUAAUCAAAAAAGGUGAUAUUAAACCGGCAGCUAUCGGUCCAGACGGUCGACCACAAAUGAUUGACGAUGUACUAAAAUAUCGGGAAGAGAUGUUAAAACAGCAGAAUCCUAAACCCAAACCACAGCCCGAUGACGAGGACGGAUAACCCUCCAUUCGCAGCAUUUUUUUAACGACAGACGAUGAUGGCAGUUUCAAGCGUGAUUGUUAUUGUGUUCGUAGUUGUAUACACUUGUGCUAGUCAUUUUACUGCUGUAUCAGUUAGUUCUGAUCUUUAUCUUUUUAACGGCAUUUUAAAUUUCCAGAGAAUGUUCACGGUUUCAAUAAACCUUACCAACUACUGGAGAAAUUGCGCAGUUUUUAAAGAUUAAUAAUAAAGCACA